UAUUAUUAUUUGUUUUAUUUUCCAUUUCUAUUAUGUGGGUUUCUUCUUCUUCAUAGAUUAUAUAAACAAGUUGACUUCCCCGAUAAAACCCAGUUUGGGGCCGUCAGCAUCUUUAAUUCCUUGUUUGUUUGCCCACGUCCGGAUUUUCUUCCUUGUUGAUGUGAUUCUGUGAUCUGGCGUGUGAUUUUGGGGAAGCAACAUUGAUGAAAUCACUGCAGUUUUUGACAUGGCUUUAGGGAUUCAAGACCAGAAAAAGAAGUCAUUCAUUAGGAGGAUCUUCACAAUUGAGAGAAAUGCAAAGAAAAUGGAUACAGGUUCAGAUGAAAUACCAGAACCGCACUCUGAUUCAGAUUUCGUGUCUCUAAUAUCGAGCCCUGUAGGUGGUUCAAUGCAAAGUGGAAAUAUCCAGUCGUUAAAAGUUUUUGUGGCAACUUGGAAUGUGGGAGGGAAGUCUCCCGACCUUAUCCUAAAUUCAGAUGAUUUCCUUCCAAUCGACAAUCAGUCAGACAUAUAUGUUUUAGGUUUUCAGGAAAUUGUCCCGUUAAAUGCUGGAAAUGUGUUAGUUGCAGAAGAUAGCGAGCCAGCAGCAAAAUGGCUUGGCUUAAUCAAUCAGACACUUAACAAAUCUCUCAGAGUGCCUUCAAGAGGAUCAAAAUCUCCUUCCGCUCUCGGUGGCCCACUGUUCUUCCAAAAGCCUUCACUUAGGAAGGUCUGUAAGACUUUCAGGACAGAGAGUAAAAGGAAGUUGAAAAGUUGCAAUUGCACUUCGGAAUUGGAGAGGAAGAAUAGCAAGGACUUCUGCUUUCGGUGUCAACAGUCAAAUAUAAGUGAAAGCGACUUGUCUUCAGAUGAUGAUGAUGAUACACCUAGCACCUAUAUAAGUUCAGAAAUUCCCUCUGCUUGCAGGACCAACCAGAUGAAGUAUAGCCUCAUAGUGGGCAAGCAAAUGGUUGGAAUAUUUAUUACUGUCUGGAUGAGGAAGGAGCUUGUUCAACAUGUAAGCCACUUAAGAGUUUCCUGCAUUGGUCGUGGUAUUUUGGGCUGGCUCGGGAAUAAGGGUUGUGUAUCAGUUAGCAUGUUGAUCCACCGGACGAGCUUUUGCUUUGUAUGCAGUCACUUAGCAUCAGGAGAGAAAGAGGGAGAUGAGCUGAGGAGAAAUUUGGAUGUCAUAGAGAUACUUAAAAAUACACAAUUUCCAAGAAUCUGCAGAACAGCUUAUGGUUGGGUGCCUGACAAGAUUCGUGAACAUGAUCGAGUCAUAUGGUUAGGGGAUUUGAACUACCGGAUAAGUUUGAGCUAUUCGGAGACUCUAAAGCUUCUGGAGAAGUACCAAUGGGAUAAGCUUUUUGACAAAGAUCAGCUAAAGAUCGAGAGGAGCGCAGGGCGAGUUUUCAAUGGAUGGAAUGAAGGGAAGAUCUACUUUGCACCCACAUACAAAUACUCCUACAACUCAGACACUUAUUUCGGAGAGACAGUCGAAAGAAGAAACAAACGAAGAACUCCAGCUUGGUGUGAUAGAAUUCUUUGGCAUGGCAACGGGAUUCGACAACUCUCAUACGUUCGUGGGGAGUCCAGGCAUUCCGACCAUAGGCCUGUGUGUGCAACAUUUUGGAUUAAUGUUGAGAUUACCAGCACUGAUCAAAGAAGGGAUUUAUCAGAGCUCUUAUGACAGGUGAUAUAGCAAGACCAGCUUCUACCUCUGACAUAUACUGCCAUGAUUAGAAGUUACAGAUGCUGAUAUACUGCUGGAUUUUCUGACCACUUAAUCGCUCACUGAUCUCUGGAAACUAGUUUAUGGAAUUUGCUAGAAUUUGUUUUUCUUCAAUUCAUUACAUGAUGCCAAUGCAUUAACAACAUGUAAUCAUAAUCAUCAAUUUUUCAACCUUAACCCAAAAAAAUGUGGGGGGUGGGCUACCCAUAAUUCACCUCUCAUAACCAAAGCAUGGCAGAAGUGAUUUCUUUUUUGUUUGCCGUUUAUAUCUAUUGGUUUGUUGUAAUAUGUACAUACUCUUCUGGAGGAGUAAGAUCACUUUUAAUAAGGUUUGUUUUU